AACCUGGCUGAACCAGUGCGAUUAAGGGGAUUCGAAGAAGAGCUAGAAUUCGAACACCGGCCUGUGUUUGGUCUUUUCGCGCAUUAAUAAGAUAAGUCGGAGUCUGACAACGCUGUUAAGUGUACUUCCCCCUGGAGAGUGUAGCUUAGAGACGGGGCAGGUUUAGCUAAAGCGAGCUUGUUUUCCAGCCAGAAAUAACUCGCCUCUGUUCUCGCGCACACAAGUGGAGUCGGAGUGAAGUGAACUACUGCUUUUACCCCGCUGUCUUUAUCCAAAUAUAUACAUCCUGGUCGUGUUUUAUAUUCUCUUUUCGUCAGGACGCGUUAAGUUACAGAACUUAUCAUUCUCCUCACUGGUUUGGUUUGUUUAUUAGUUAGUUAGUUUGUGUAGCUAGCUAACUAACGGUUUAAAAACCCCCAAGCUGUGUUGCGCGAGGCAACCUGAGAAAUUGAACGCAACUUCGACGAAAAUAGUCCACUUCUAAGACACGCACUCGUCUAACUGCACUUCUCCAACCCCUGGGAAGCUCGAGUUAAACCGCUCGUCUUGCUCCUCGCAGGGUUUCACCACCUAGACAGCUCUUUAAAGUUGAUCCGUGAACAAGUUAACAGCGCUGAUGCUCUGGAGUAGGUGAAGAAGUCCUCCGUUAACGCUGCUGCUGCUUUCUGACACCUACACUACACACCGCAGAAAUUCAAGGAAGUUCUGCGCAGAAGAUAUCGAACGGGUUUUAAAGUUGUGAUCAGAGAGCGAUGUGGAUGCUGUACAACUGAGCACCAUGGGAGGAUGUGUCGGGAGAGAGCGCCCGGAGUCUCAAGGCUCGUCUCGCCGAGGAAGGGGCCAGAGAAAGCGUGGAGCCCGUAACGAACCUCUGAAGAAGGAUAAGCCCAGGUGGAAGAGCGAAUACCCCAUGACAGAAGGCCAGCUGCGCAGCAAGAGGGAUGAGUUCUGGGACACGGCACCGGCUUUUGAGGGCCGCAAGGAAAUUUGGGAUGCCUUAAAAGCGGCUGCUGUGGCCCUGGAAUGCAACGACCAUGACCUAGCUCAGGCUAUACUGGAUGGAGCCAGCAUCACACUACCACACGGAUCCCUGACCGAGUGCUACGAUGAACUGGGCAAUCGCUACCAGCUACCCGUCUACUGCCUGGCACCACCUGUCAACCUGAUCACUGAGAGGAGUGAAGAGGAAUCUGUGUCGGAAAACGCAGACGCACAAACGGCCCCCAAGAAGGAGUUCCAGCUCAAGGUGCGCCUCUCGACAGGCAUGGAUGUACGUCUCAGCGCCAGCAUGGCUGAUCCAGUGGGCCUGCUGAAAAAGCAGCUGCAGGCCCAAGAGGGCAUCGAAGUGGCACGUCAGCGCUGGUUCUUCUCCGGCAAACUACUCACGGACAAGACGCGCCUUCAGGACACCAAGAUCCAGAAAGACUUUGUCGUCCAGGUCAUUGUGAACCCGUCCGACUAAUAAAGCCAGACAGGAAGGAAUGGCGCAGAGAACACGGGAAGCGUGGAUGGCUGUUCUUCUGUGCUUUCUUUUUUUUCCAGGGAAAUAAAAAUCACUGAAAAGCAACAAUAAGAAGAAAGAGACAGCCAGCAUACGAUGCUUCCUGUGCACUCCGCUACAUGAAAAGCAUGUUUUCUCUGCCCAUCUCGUCUUUUUGCUUUUACUUAGGAAAAUGUUAGUUAAGAAGAAAGACGAAAGAGGGAAGACGGACGUCAUGUGCUGCUUUAAUCCUCUAUUACGUAAAUGUCAUUGUUUCGAUUCUGACCAUCACUGUACCUUGCUGGACCCAUGAGCUGGUUCUUUUUCAUGUGGACAGACUUGCUGACGAUGAAGCCCAGUGAAAGUAAAAGUGAAUUUGGGACCUCCACUUCAGAGCCUCAUUGGAACUGACCUGAUGAAAAGUGAUUGUUGAGAGAAAGGGUAAACUGGCUAUUGAUCUGAAAGAGUGAUGUCUAUGCUUGCUUGAGCAAAGUGCCAAUAUAAGUGGGGCUUUAAAAAAUAAAAAAUAAAAAAAAAGACGCCCAUAAUCUUUUGACUGUGAUUCUAGAAAGGCCUAAUGUUCAUAGGAUUGAGUCGACCCAUACCUCAGCGCUCCUGCUCCAGAUGAUAUCUCAAGGCUUUUAUUUCUUCUUUCAAUGUACUUGCAUUUCUGUUUUUUUAGAAUACAGGAACGUGAGCUUCAUUUGCACACUUACUUGUUCGUGUAAGCGUCUACGUGUAUUGUGCGCCUUUUACAGGACAAAAAAAAAAAUUCUUAUAUGCUGAUUUGUUCUUGAUGUGUGCCUGUGUGUUGGCUCUAAGGCCAACAUCUUCAAUAUAAAAUCUCUUGUUUGUUCGUUUGUCUUUUUAAAAAGUGGCUGGCCCCACAAAUGUUGACAUUUCAAACUUGUAUCCCAUUCGAAAUUCUGAGCAAAGGCACAACUUUUCUAUGCAAUUUCUGUUUGUAAAAACUAUAAAGAUAACCAUUUCAGUUCACUAGAUUGCCUAGACAGCCUCUUGUAGGCUGUGUGUAUGUCUCUACUUGAUGCAUAGAUAUAUAUUUUAAUGUAUGCUUUGUGAAAAAGGAUCAGGUUAUUAAAUGUGAGUAUAAAUGCAGUCUGCAACACUCAAUAAAUAGAUUUAUGAAUGGGUUUCUCAUAAUGUAAUAUAUCCUAGUGGCUGAUGAGCAGUAAAGGCUUUAUUAACAUAAUAAAACAUUAUUACAAUGUG